CCCAAAGUGCUAGGGUUAUAGGUGUGAGCCACUGUGCCCGGCCAGAUCUCUCCAGCUUUUUGAUGCUGAGGCCUACCCUGAUGCUCCGUCUGUUUGCCCCGUCUUUUGUCACUGGAGGGUUAAAUGAAAUGUGCGCGUCACCAGAACAUCUGGGUUCCUAUCCUUGCACCUCCUCCUGUCUUCAGCCUGCCUUUGAGGCAGUAGCCUCACCAGGACUUUGACCAGCCCCACCCAUUCUUCACUGAACCUCUUGCUCCAGCUUCUGCCUCUUCCAUUUUGAUGUCUAGAAUCAGGGGAUCCAGGAUCAUCACCAAGGCCACCUUCCCAGACAGAUGUGCUGAGGCUUUAGAAAGUGCUUUUUAUUUGGCUGGGAGCUUGUGAAUAAAUGCGAGAGAGGCUGCACAUCUGACAGACUAUAGAGGCGACUCAUGGCUGAACCGGAACAGGACAUCGGGGAGAAGCCAGCAGGUGAAGAUAAACAAGAAGGCACAAAUCCUCACUUGCCAAUGGACCUGAGUGAUAACAACAAACCCAGUGACACCUGUCUAGAGCUGGUGCUUAAAGUCAGAAUUCAGAGCCCCAAAGAAAAUGACUUCAUUGAAAUUGAACUGAAGAGACAAGAACUGAGUUACCAAAACUUACUAAAAGUGAGUUGCUGUGAACUGGGGAUUAAUCCAGAGCAAGUGGAGAAGAUCAGAAAGCUACCAAACACCCUGCUCAGAAAGGACCAAGACAUUCGAAGACUGCGGGACUUUCAAGAAGUAGAACUCAUUUUAAUGAAAAAUGGAAGCUCUGAAUUGACAGAGUAUAUACCAUCUCUGACAGAAAGACCCUGCUACAAUAGCAAAGCUGCAAAAAUGACUUAUUAAAUAAUCCCAGGAAUGGCCGGUAAUGGUGGCUCACACCUGUAAUCCCAGCACUUUAGGAAGCCAAGGCAGGCGAAGCCCCUGGGGUCAAGAGUUCUAGACCAGCCUGG